AUGGAAGCGGCAGUGCGAUGGUCGCCACACUCGACUGGCGAUAGGCAGCGGUUUUUGCUGCUCGAUGUCGGAGACUCGAGCUUGACGCUGAAUGAAGUUGACAGCCGUGGCGAGACCACCAUUGCCUAUCACAUCGUCACCCGAUGCACCAACCUACUGCACAUUGGCGCUUUCGCCUGGUCUCCCGUCAAUGAGUCUCUCGUUGCACUGGGCUAUGUGUCCGGCCAUGCCAGUAUCAUUCGCUUGGGCGAAGAGAAGGCCACGUCCAAGACCGUGGCCGAGUUCAAAGUCAAGCAACAGCGGAAGUGUAACUCGGUGGCCUUGAGUGGCGAGAGUCUACUCGCCGUGGCUCUGGACAAGACUCGCUCAGACGUUUGCUUGAACAUUUACGACAUCAAUAAUGGUCUUUCCGACGCACCAGAGCCUGUCAGACGACUCUGCGCCGCAGAACUGGUGUCAAGCGUCCGCUUUUUCCCAGGUUCGCCGCAGGAGAUCGUGGCCUCAACCCAGCGGUCUUUUAUACGCCUUUACGAUCUUCGGGACGGUUACUUCGGCAGUGGGAACAAUAGUAGCAGUCUGCAGGCAUCGACACGCAAUGUCAACAACAUUGCCAUCGAUCCGCUCGAUGAGAAUUACUUUGCUUCGGCUGGGUCAACAGGCGAUCCUUCGGUCACAGUAUGGGACAAGCGGUGGAUGUCACCGUCAGCAGCCUCGUCUGGCUCGAGCAGCGGUGCCGUGUUCAAUUUCUCACCCGCUGUCGACGUUUCCGUGCCAACUACCAUUUGGAGUCUUCGUUACUCCGGCCUGCGCCGUGGCCGACUGGCGCUCUGCAGUAGUACUGGCGAGCUGAAAGUGAUCGACAUGGUCGAAGGUAAAACUACUACUUCUCAGUCGUCAGAGUACCUUCCCUCCAACCCUUACGGAGGCACGCUGUGGCGCACCAACCGUUAUGUAUCCCAGUCUCGAGUGCUGGAGGCGCCUUGGCAUGAUGAACGUCUUGGGAAAGGCAAAGAAUCUCGCGUUAUUGCCUUUGACUGGUUGGAUGCUGUGCAAUCGGAUGUAACCCAACAGAUGAUCAUUUUGCGACCUUCCCGAACGGUAGAGCUGUUGCAAGCUUCGAAAAGUCAGACUCAUGCUGAGAUUACAGCACGACAAGACCUCGCUGUUACAUGCAAAGAUGUUUCUGUCUUAGAGCCUAGGACUGCACCUGUCGUGCCCGCUACUACACCGGCUCAUCCGACUUGCCUCAGUAGCGCCGAGGACUUUGGUCCACUCAACUACGACCCUGACUCCAGCAGUUCAGCCCAUAAUAAUAGCGACGCGAGUGUGAGGUAUGACAUGAACUCGCCGCCCGUGAAAGAACUUCUGACUUCUGAAACGCUGCAACGCGAAAGAUGCAAGCGUGGCUAUCUCUUCGAUUGCCAAGAGAAUGCGAACAUGGUCGCCGGAAACUUUCAGCUUGAGCGGCUGUGGGAGACUGUCCGUCGGUUUAGACAGCAGGCUGCCGACGAUGGCAUGGUGUAUGACGCCCUCGACCUGAGCUUUGUUGGUGUGUCAGGGCUGUGGUCUGAGGAUGUUGGUAAUGUUGCAAGACGAACAUUGUUACCGUCCAAGCUUUCAGUCAGUGAUGCGAUCGUUGGCCUAAACAGCUCCAGAGAAAUACCGGACUUUGAGGGCGAGCAAACGAGCUUCCCAGAACAUCGUCAGCUAUGCCUCGCCCUCUGCGGCUGGAAGUUCACCACGGAUACGCUGGAAGAGGAAUGCCAACAGCUUAUCGACCGCGGCCUACACUAUCUCGCCAUCGUCCAGGCCGUGCUUCACGACUACAAGCACAUCGCUCUCAACCUGCUCCGUACGCUUAUCCGCAGUAAAACCAUACCGAACAUUGGUCUUGGCGCCCUUCUCGCCUCCGACACCAUCAACAAUGAGCAACGCGAGAUGUGUCUCUGGAUGGCCGCAGACACCGACGACCCUGCUCUCAAAGCUCUACUCACAUACUUAACGACAGGCGACUGGCGAGACGUCAUGAAGACGAGCUACCUCCACCUCGGCUACCGCGUUGCGUUGGGUCUCAAGUACCUUAACGACACAGAGCUGAGCGGCUUCUUGCAAACAGAGACGGCACGAGCGAUCCGCAAUGGCGACCUUGAAGGCAUUCUUCUCACCGGCCUUGGCGAGCGAGCCAUGGACCUCUUCCAGUCGUACAUCGUCAAGACCAACGACCUCCAGACUGCCGUCCUUGCGACAGCCUUCACGAACCCGAGAUACGUAGACGACGUUCGAUGGGAAAUGUGGAAGGAGACGUACUUCAUGCAGAUGCAGGCUUGGCAGGCUUUUAAUGAGCGAACCAAGUUCACCGUCCAGCAUAACCGACUCGCAAAGGGCAGGGAUCGCAGGUCAUUGAUCGAGCCCCCUGCUCCACAGCUGACGCUGCGGUGCAACCAUUGCAGUGCGCCGCUCGUUGGUCGCAGAGGCAAGCCGGCAACCACACCAAGUGGCGUGCGAAUUCCGGGCCCGGCUGCGCACGCGGGCACCGUGUGCAAGACGUGCGGGCGCCAUCUGCCGCGUUGUGCCAUCUGCUUGAUGUGGCUGGGCAUACCUGACCCUGGCACUCGGGGUGGUGUGAGGGAGUUGGCGAAGCAGAAAGAUAAUAGAAUGGUGAAGCUUAUGUGCUUUUGCGCGAGUUGUGGGCAUGGUUUUCAUGCCGAUCAUGCGAAGGCGUGGUUCGAUGAGUACGAUAUGUGUGCUGUACCUGAUUGUAGGUGCAUGUGUGGGCUCAAGUAG